AUGGAGGUCCGAGCAAUACAAAUAUACAAACCAAUAAACAAGAAUGAAGUAAGAUUGGUUUAUAGGAUUAAGCACUCUCCUAUAUUAAGUGAGAAUGGAAGACAUCAAAAAUCUUACUCUUUUAAUAAAUAUGGAGAAACUAAUGCAUGGAAUUUUGCAAGAGAAGUUUUUCAGUAUAUAAAUAAACAUAAAAAACUUCCACUUAACUUUAGUGAUUCAUGUAAAUCAAAGUUUACAAAACGAAAGAGAAAUGAAGAAUCAAUUCCAACCCCAUCGAAAUAUGAUACAACAAAUUUUAAAAAGAUAAAUAUGCAGUUAGAACAUCAUUAUGAAAUAAAAAAAGAACCAAAAAUAAAAGAAAUCAAGGAAGAUAUUGAAAUAAAUGCAGAUAAAUCAAAUGAAUUUGAUCAUUUGAAUAUAUCAACAAAAGGUGAAGAUGUUAUACACUGUUUAUAUUUUCUUGCUAAAGCCGCUGUAGAAGUCAUAGAUAAAGAAGAAAUAAACAAGAAAUUAUUGUAA